CAUACUACUUAGUGUGGAUUCAUUGCAAUUAAAAACAAAAGAACUUCUUAAUGAUAUAUUGCUAUAGUAGCUGUGACUCAACUUGCUUAUAUACAUUUAAAACAUUCUCUUGAAAAUACAUAUGUCGUAUGUGAUAACGCCAACCACUUGGUAUUGGGAAAAAACCCAUUUAAUAAAAGCUAAACCGUCGGUCAGCCAAGACCAAAAUUAAAGAUGAAGUCUGUGUGGAUUGCGGGAAUUGCCUGCCUUUUAUAUCUGCCCCAUGCUUUGCACGCACAGUUUUUGGAGUCCAAUUGCGGGACGGGCAAGCUAACCUCAAACCGAAUCUCUAAUGGAGAAAAUGCAGAGAUCGGAACGACCCCAUGGAUGGCUUACUUGCACCAAAACUCGACGCUUGUUUGUGCCGGAACGCUUAUCACUCAUAGAUUUGUGCUGACUGCAGCGCACUGUACGUCCACAGUAACUGUUCGCCUCGGGGAGUACGAUACAUCAACAGCAAACGACUGCACCAUUCAAGGUUGCAUCCCUGCGUAUGAGGAUUAUGAGCCCGAAAUGGCAAUUCGACAUAUUCUCUACGAGGAAAGCCAAUGGGGUUAUCCCAUGACAUAUGACAUAAUGUUGAUUAAACUAAAAAAAUACGUCUUGUUUAAAGAUCACAUCAAGCCAAUCUGUCUGCUGCGAGAUCCAUCGCAGGCUGCGUUUACCCCCAGAUUCGAGGCCACAGGAUGGGGAAGAACUGACCGGGAUGAAGUCGCCAAGGUGCUGCAGACGGUGGUCCUCACCAAGCUCGAUCCAAGUGAGUGCCUGAAAUCCCUGGGCGUUACUUUGAAAUGGGGUCAGUUCUGCGCGGGUGACAGCAGAGGAGACACCUGCAAUGGAGACUCGGGCGGACCGCUGGUCCACAAAAUGUCAGAUGGCCGAAGGACCCUCUCCAUUCAGUUCGGAAUCGUGAGCUAUGGUCACCGGUCUUGUCGAGGCGUAGGAGUCUACACAGACGUCUUCAGCUUAACCAACUGGAUUUUUAGAGUAGUUCGCUUUUAUGGAAAAUAAACUGCAAACUCAACUAAAAAUUGCCAUUUCACUUAUAAAAACAUUUAUCUACAGCCUUAAAAAUUCAAACCGAAUUCCCUACUUAAUCAGUAA